AUGUCUGGCUUAUAUCCCAUUCGUGUCAAUAUGAAAACUUUAGUUAUUCUCCGAAAUACACAAUUUAUUACUAAAGGUCAUCCUGAGUCUUUGCAACAACCAGGAUAUAUUUGUGAAGCAGGAGAUUCUAAUAGUACUAUUUUUGACAGAAUAACUCAAGCGAUUGAACCUUAUGUGAAAGUAUUUAGCAGUUUAUCAAUGAAAUGA